UAUGAAAUCAUUGUUAUUCAUUAGCUUGUUAUUGGCUACAUCUUUGUGUGCAUUUUAAGAAGAAGAUAAUGUAAUGGUGUUAACCUCAGAUACAUUUUAAGAUGCUAUCGAUACAUUCAAAUUCAUUAUGGUUGAAUUUUAUGCACCAUGGUGUGGACAUUGGUAUUGAUCAAUAAAUUAUCAUAUAAGCAAGUAAUUGGCUCCUGAAUAUUCUGCUGCAGCAGCUGAAUUAAAGAGAUAAGGAGGAGACAAUUAUGUGCCUUUGGCAAAAGUUGAUGCUACAGUUGAAUCAUCAGUGGCUGAAAAAUUCUCAAUCUAAGGAUAUCCAACAAUAAAAUUCUUCAUAAAUGGUUAAGCAACUGAUUAUGAAGGAGGAAGAACAUCAGGUGAAAUAGUUGCUUGGAUUAAUAAGAAAUCAGGUCCUCCAUCUACAGAAUUAAAUUCAGUUUAAGAUUUAGAAAGAUUCUUAGAAAGAGUAUCAAGCACUCCUAUUGUUGUCUUUUUUGGAACAUCAUCAGAUGACAAUGAUUUUGAAACAUUCAAAUAAGUUGCUUAACAAAAUGAUAAAGUUACAUUUGCCCAUACAUUCAAUCCAGAAUCAGCUGAGAAAUAUAAUGUAAGUGGUAAGAUAGUACUUUUCAAAUCCUUUGAUGAGAAGAGAAAUAAUUUUGAUUAAUCAGUGACAACAUCAAAUUUGGAAAAUUUCAUAAAUAUUUAUGGAAAUCCAAUCAUAUUACCAUUCAAUGAUAAAGCAAUUAAUAUCAUUUUCUAAUAAAGAAAUAAUGCUGUUAUUUUAUUCACAGAUGAUUCUGAAGCAGGUGUUGCUGCAUUUGAUGCCUUUGCUAGUGUUGCUGGUUUAUUUAAAGAUAGGUAAUAAUUAUAUAUAAAUUAUUUAGAAUCAAAUUUUCAUUCUCCAAACCUAAUGAUGGAUCUGGUUUAUUCCAUAGAUUAGCUGAAUAUAUUGGUGCUAGUACUACUAAUAUUCCUAAUAUUAUGUUAUAUGAUUAAUUAGGAGGAAAUGGUAAAUAUAGAUUUGAAGAUGAAAUUACAACUGAAUCAUUAAGAACAUUUUUAACAAAUUUCUUUGAUGGAAAAUUAAAUAGAUAUAUGAAAUCUGAAGAAGUACCUGCUACUAAUGAUGAUCCUGUUAAAAUUGUUGUUGGCAAGAAUUUCAGAGAUUUAGUGAUUAAUAAUGAUAAAGAUGUUUUGAUUGAAUUCUAUGCUCCUUGGUGUGGACAUUGCAAAUAAUUGACUCCUAUUUAUGAAGGUUUAGCUAAGAAAUUAUUAGUAAAUCCAAAUAUCAUAAUUGCUAAAUGUGAUGCUACUGCUAAUGAAGUAUUUUUAUAUUAUUAUUUUUAGAUUGAAGGAGUUAAUAUUGAAUCAUUCCCAACAAUUAAAUUCUGGAAGAAUGGAUAGAAGGAUUAAAUUAUUGAUUAUAAUAGUGGAAGAGAUGAAGUCAAUUUUAUUUCAUUUUUAAAAGAAAACACUUCACAUUAAUGGGUUGAUCUUGAUAGAGUAGAAGAAUUAUGAGUGUAUGU